GGUAUAAGAAACAAGUUACACACUUACACUCAAAUAAGAAAAAACAAAGAAAAGGAGAAAAGUACGUGAUGCAUUUAUGAUUCUUGGUUCUUUGUGUAUUAUUUAUUUCAACCAAAUCACCACCACUAAAGCAUAUACGAGUACGACGAUGGUGGCACUGGACCAGUGGAUCUACUGGUAAAUUAAUUGCUCAUACAGAGCGUCUCAGAAGGUUUUGAAGCUCGAAUCAACUGUACGGGAGGGGAAAAAAAAGUAAAGACAGCUUAAGAUUUGAGGAUAAGUGGUGUUUUUACAUGGUAUAUUGAUUUCCUGUCAGUUAUAAAUAUUAAUUGAAGUAGUUAUUGUACUUGUUAGACUGAUGAGUAUCAGCUGUUUGUUUCUCCAUUCUUCAAUGGUUUCUAAUUCUUCUCAGAUGCUAAACGACACCCAUUCUAAAGUCAUAUUGAGGUUGCUUAUUUGCUUUGUCUUGAGGAUUCUGCAACAGUAGAUACUAGUUUUCAGGUUUGUGGUGAGAGAAGUGAAGACUGAACAUUUGGGACCAGAAUCCAUAUAUACACAUCUGGUUUGAUUGGGUGGUGGAUGUGCUGCUUUUGCCAAGGAGGGAAUGCAAGAAAGCCUGAAAAAACAGCUUGCUCAUGUUGUGAGGAGCAUACAAUGGAGCUAUGCAAUCAUCUGGUCUAUUUCACCCAGACAAUCUGGGGUACUGGAGUGGGUUGAUGGGUACUACAACGGAGAUAUCAAGACUAGGAAAACAGUUCAAUCUGUAGAGAUUGAUUCUGACCAAGUGGGGUUGCAGAGAAGUGAACAAUUAAGGGAACUUUAUGAAUCCCUCUCAGCCAGUGAAGCCAACCCGCAAGCUAGAAGGCCUACAGCAGCAUUAUCCCCUGAAGAUCUUAGUGAGACUGAAUGGUAUUACUUGGUUUGCAUGUCAUUCGUCUUCAACAUUGGCCGAGGAUUGCCGGGAAGAACACUAGCAAAGGGUGAACCUAUUUGGCUAUCCAAUGCCCAUUAUGCGGACAGCAAAGUUUUCUCUCGCUCUCUGCUCGCGAAGAGUGCUUCAAUAAAGACUGUUGUGUGCUUUCCAUUUUCGGAUGGUGUGGUUGAGCUGGGAGUGACUGAGCUGGUCUCCAAGGAUCCUAGCCUCAUUCAGCAUAUUAGAACUUCAUUCUUGGACAUACCAUACCCCAUGUCACAGAAACUCAAUCUCCGGGCAGCAAACAUGGGUGGCCAAGACCUUGGUUUUGCCAUACUUGAUCAUGAUAUUCUCGACAUGAAAAUGAUUCCAUCUGUUGGAUGUGAAAAACUAGAUUUAGAUUCUCCCAGCAGCAGCUCAAAUGGGAACGAGUUUGACAAUCAAAAAGGAGGAGAUUCAUUGAUGGUUGAAGAGCAAACUGUGGAAGCCUCUCAAGUAAAUAGUUGGGAGUUGAUGGAUGAUGAUUUCAGUAACUCUGCUUACCAACCUAUGAAUUCUAGUGACUGCAUAUCUCAAACCUUUGUAAAUCCUGCUAUGCUUGUCUCUCUCCCUGACAAUGAGAAGUUGAAGGAACCUGUGCAAAAAGUACAAGACUGUAAUCAACCAAAAGUGACCGCAUUGGACUUACAAACCGAUGCUUUUCACUAUCAAGAUGUCCUCUCAGCUCUUCUCAAAACUUCCCACUCAUUGGUUUUGGGGCGAAAUGUUCGAAAUGCUCAUCAGAGAUCCAGCUUUGUGAGCUGGACGAAAGGACUGGCAAACUGUGCAAAACUAAAAGGUGAAACUCAGCAGAAAUUACUGAAGAAAAUUCUCUUCGAUGUUCCAAGAAUGCACGCAAGUGACCUGCUGGAGUCCCCCGAAAACAACGGUGACGAAAAAGUCGUCUGGAGACCAGAGGCUGGUGACAUAAGUAUGAACCAUAUGUUAGCAGAAAGGAAGAGAAGGGGAAAACUGAACGAGAGAUUUAGCAUUCUCAGAUCAAUCAUCCCCUCAAUAAGCAAGGUUGACAAAGUAUCUAUCCUAGAUGACACAAUAGAGUACCUGCAAGAGCUUGAGAGAAGAGUUGAGGAGUUGGAAUCAUCAUCCAAAGAGGUAGCUGAGACAGAGGCAAGAACAAAGUCGAAACCCCAAGAAACUUCAGAGAGAACAUCUGGAAACUAUGGAAACACCAACAAGGCGGUGCUAAAUAAAAGAAAGGCUCUCGACAUUGAUGAAACAGUGCAAGAUAUUAACUGUGCUGGAAGUUCCACCGACAAUCUAAUCGUCAGUGUGAAUGACAAGGAUGUUCUAAUCAAGAUGAGGUGUCCUUGGAGGGAAGGCAUGUUACUAGACAUCAUGGAUGCUAUAACCAAUCUCCAUUUAGAUACUUGCUCAAUUCAAUCAUCCACCGCUGACGGAAUGCUCUCCGUGACCAUCAAAUCGCAGAAGAAGCGAUCAACUGUUGCAUCAGCAAGGAUGAUCAAGAAGGAACUUCAAAGAGUGGCCUCCAAAUGUUGAUGAAGCUUCCAUGCCAAUGUGUAUUUUUUUAUCAGUAGUUUAACUACUAGACUUCUAGAUCAUGAAUGUCAAAAAGCUGUUCUGAUAGAUUUUCCUCAAACAAUUUUCUUCGAUGAUUUACUGACUAUGGUGUACCUCGUUUAGACAUAUUUCAAGCAAUUUAGAAGAGAUGAUAAGUUUCUAUCAAAACAAAAGAA